UAGGACUGAUGCUGGUUCUAAAUAGAGAGACACAUUAAGUGCAAUCAUUAAGGCAUUUUAUUAUAAUUAGUUCCAAAAUCUCUUUGCCAUAUUCGGGGUGCAGGAUUAACAGGGUUCACAGGGAUUUACACACGGGUUGAACAGAUUGUAAACACACUGACACCAAAACUGACAGUGUAACCUGACCACAAGAGGUCCAGAAUAACCCUUAUAAUGGCAGAAGAAUGUCAGCCCAGCUUUUUAAUAACUCGACUCGCAUAAACAGAGUCGUUUCCCCGAGAGUUUUUACCCCUGACAGUGUCCAUGGUAACAAUCACACGCUUUAUGUGGGUCUGCCACUGAACAAACUCGACUCACUGCCCAGAGCAAAACAGAAUGUCAUGUCAACAUCUUUAGAAGAACAUCCGGAAGCGUAUUAUCUAUACUUUAUCGCCACCGUUGGAAUAAUUCUCAACUUUGUGGUGGUGAUGGCAAUAUUUAUACGGAAACCGUUACGGAAAAUGACCAGCGGAUUUUUAAUACACGCCUGUUUCCUUGAUUUCCUGAAAUCUGCCUACUGCAUUCCGAUUGGUACAAACCUUCUAUCCCAGACCAAGCCCACAGAUUGCAAUUUCUUCGGUGCGUCUUUUGUGAUACUAGUAACCACCUCUGUGUUCAAUAUGGUUGCUAUGGUGUGCACUGAAGCUUACACAUUUGGCGAGAAAAACAUUGGCGGGAAUUCUAAAGGAACAGUGAUCUGUGUAGGUUUUGGAAUUAUUCUUGUCUACGUUGGAAGUUUAAUUCUCCAUCUGGGUCCAACGUUAAUCGGUGGGCAUUUUGAAUUUCAUCCUGACAUUGGAAGUUGCUCAUUCACAUUCGGUAAACAAACAGGUUACAUGGCCCACCUUAUGUGGAUGGUCAUAACCACAGCGGCGCUGAUAGCCGUCUUUCAUUUCAUCCACAGACUCUACAAGGAAAUACAAAUCAAUCGACCAAACCGCGUCUCAUUCUUAGUGCGAACUUCAAUCACAGUCAUCGAAGGUUCAUCAAAUUCCACGUGUCGCUUACGAAAAAUUAUCCAUGAUGCAAAUCAUCGUGCCAAAAUGUUCAUUCUCAACUCAAUUAUGUUCAUAGUUUGCUGGUACCCAUACUUUCUUCUUAUUGUCAUUGACAAGAACUUCACCUUGCCAACUAAAGUGUACCAAACCUUCGCUUUCAUUGCCUGGUCACAAGGACCUUUACAGCCAAUCCUUUAUAUCUGCUUUGACCGCAAUUUGAACAUUCUGGCAAAACACUUGCGCUGUGAUAGAUAUCGCAAUGACAUUGAUUCCAUCAUUCAGAUGAUGAUGAACCGCAACCAAAGCUCCGAGAACGUUGAUGCUCAUCAUCGCGAUCGAGAUGCUUCCAUCUCGAGUUUUGAAUAUCCUAAUAAUCUCGAGCCUGCAGGUAUUCCAGAAUAUGGCGCCAAUAUGAUAACAGAAAACUGUGACAACUGUGCAGUGCAAAACACUUCAAAUCAGAACGUUCAAAAUCAUGUUGCGUUUCGCCACAACAACGUUCUUCGAGACGAUUUUUACGUAGCGGAAGAAGUGAGUCCACGUUCAAACAUAGCAACAUCAGAACACUCCCCAGCACCAGAUUAUGUUGCAAAUCACGGUAACCUGAAUCUAGAUCCAUCCAGUAUACAAUCUAGCUCUGUCUUAGACAACAGCCCGAAAAAGUAUAGAGUGCAAAGGCAGGGUCAUAUUGCAGAAACAGAAACAGAGUUUUAAAGUUCAUUUAUUCAUUGUAUAAAUUGGUCAUUUUCAUUCGUAUUUUCAAAUCUAGAAACAUAAUAUCUAUACUUCAUUUUUUACGUUUUCAUUUGCGCCAUAAAUUAUUUUAAAGGGGCCUUUUCACAGAUUUUUGAAUGUAUUGAAGUUUGUCAUUAAAUGCUUUAUAUUGAUAAAUUAAAAUAAGGGAUCUAACAAUCUCCAGUAAAAAAACAAGAAUACAAUAAAAAAAAAUGAACCUCAUCUGGGCUUGAACCACUGACUGCUGGAGUCCUAGAUUUAAAAGUUUUCUGCUUAGACCACUCGGCCAUCUGUUCUCACGCUAUAAUCCAAUGUAAUUUUUACUUUAUAUAAGCAAUCCUCAUAGUUUCACAAAAAAUAACGACGACAACAAAACUGUCAAAAUUGUUUAAUUGUUUCGCGUUGCAACGCUUUAUAAUUUUCAGGUUUUCCAAUCGUCAAAAGAUUAAUAUAAUGGAUAUUUAAGAGCAUUGUAAAUGUUCAGUAUUAUCGUUUCCUCACAAAUAUCAUAACUAAAACGAAAAUUUGCGAAUCUGAAACAACUUUUUUUAAUUUUGUCCAUUUACCAAAAUGUGAAAAGGCCCCUUUAAGGGAGCCGAUUACAAACAGUCAAACAUUUUUGUUGUCAAAAAGGCAAUGUACAUUUUUAUAAGAAAACCAGGUUUAGUGUUGAAUAUUGAACAGUUUGUAAAGAACACAUUCUAUUCUUAUCAUAAAUAAACAAGAUAAAGAAGGAUCAAUGUAUCUUUAAUGCAAGAGAAUCAGAUGGCCAUGAAAUGCGUAAGUACUUGAUACACUUAUAAAACAAAACUUUGUCAUGUUUUAUUACUAUAUAAUAUUUCAAUCACAAUAAAACAGUUCAAGCAACCUAUUGCACAACAUAAAUUGCGAAAAAUGUUCAUCAUAUGCCCGUAUUUCAGAUUUUGUAUGAAACAAUUAUGUCAGUUAAUUGAAUUAUUUGAAAAAAAAAAUAAACUUAAUUACAGGCAUUUACAUCUUCUAAACAAAAAUCAGUUUGUGUGCCUCACCUGUUGAAUCAUUAUAGUAAUUUUAGUCUGGUUUUGCAUAUGAUUUUAGAAACACAUUAAUCCUGUUUUAUUUUAAUUAUCUGAUUCAUUAGUUUUGAUGCUUUAACGUUAUAAAAUGGUAUUUCAAUUUUCAAGAUUUUAUUGCACAUGGAAACUUCUGCACACAAUUUUAUGUUUUCAAAACACGAUUUCAUUGAGAACUGAAGUGCCUGAUAUAGCAUCAAUAGAUUAACUGCCACAUUUAACAGGCUAUAAAACAUAAUAAUACCGUAAAAACAUAAUAAUACAGUAAAAACAUAAUUAAUACUUUCUUUGCAAAGAAAGCGCACAUAUAAUUGCCAUUAAUUUUUUAUGAAAGAUCUGUUAGUUCACACAUAUUUAAGUUUUUUGCCUAGGAUAAUAUGUUUCUCAAGUUAUUUACCUGUUUUCCAAUGUUUGAAUGCAUAAUCGUGUUUACAGACAUUUAAACUGGUUAUUUGCAAAAAAAAUUGGGAAACAAGAGAAGUACUAGAUGAGUAUACCUUUUUACUAUAUAAAUUUCAUAUUGUACAGAAAAUAUUUUUUUAAAGAACAGCAACAAUACUUAGAAGAGAACCUAAAAUAAAACAAGAGAUGUGUUUGUAAGAAACACAAUGCCCCCUAAUGAGCUUUGUUCAUUGUUGACCUUUUACCUUGAAGGAUGACCUUGACCAUUCACCACUCAAAAUGUGCAGCUCCAUGAGAUACACAUGCAUGCCAAAUAUCAAGUUGCUAUGUUCAAUAUUUCAAAAGUUAUUGCAAAACUUUUCUGUAAGGUUAAAGUUUUGGGACAGAAUAACAUAAUGACAGACAGGCCAAAAACAAUAUGACCCCGAUCAUUCAAUCCGGGGGCAUAAAAAUUUAUGAAAAUUAAUGUUUUUUUAUUUUUGACCUUGAAGGUUGACCUUGACCUUUCACCACUCAAAAUGUGCAGCUCCACUAGAAGUAAGUAAGAGAUUGAAUGGAGAAAUGAAUUUUUUUUUUUUAUUAUUUUUGACUUUUCACCUUGAAGGAUGACCUUGACCUUUCACCACUCAAAAUGUGCAGCUCCACGAGAUACACAUGCAUGCCAAAUAUUAAGUUGCUGUGUUGAAUAUUAAAAAGUUAUGAAAAUUUAUGUUUUUUUAUAUUUUGACCUUUGACCUUGAAGGUUGACUGACCAUGACCUUUCAACACUCAAAAUGUACAGCUCCAUGAGAAGUAAGUAAGAGAUUGAAUGGAGAAAUGAAAAUAAUUUUUUUAAAUUUUUGACCUUUGACCUUGAAGGAUGACCUUGACAUUUCACCACUCAAAAUAUGCAGCUCCACGAGAUACACAUGCAUGCCAAAUAUGAAGUUGCUGUGUUCAAUAUUAAAAAAGUUAUGAUAACACUUUAACAGAGGUUAAAGUUUUAGGAAAGAAAAAUACAAUGAUAUUUGACCUUUGACCUUGAAGGAUGACCUUCACCUUGACUUUUCACCACUCAAAAUGAGCAGCUCCAUGAGAUACACAUGCAUGGUAAAUAUCAAGUUGGUAUGUUCAAUAUUGCAAAAGUUAUCAAACUUUAGCCAAGGUUAAAGUUUUGGACAGAAUGACAGACAGACAGACAGGACAAAAACAAUAUACCCCCGAUCUUUCGAUCCGGGGGCAUAAAAAAUGCAUUUUCUUUUUUUCAUUUUUUGCACAAACUGAAAAAUAAGUAAAUAAAAUUAUCUAAGUAAUGUUUAUUCGCCAAGUGAAAGCAAAUGAUUUGUAUAUUAUUAUAUUUAUGUUACAUGAAUGAUGUAUAUUGGUCAUGUUUAUUUUCCUUAUUAGCUUAUGUAUAAGCAAGCUACAAGCUUUUAAUGCAUACUUAGAGCACUUGAGUAGUUUUGUUUUGUUUGUGUAUCAUAGAUCAUUUUUGUGCUUUUGUGAUGCUCAACAAAGGCGUGGAGUUUACAUGAUACCACAGUGUUACUUUCCAGUUUACCACUGAUCACAAUUCAUGUUCAUGUUUGUAGAAUAAAGAAAUCUCAUGUUUAUAGCAUUGUUAUAUUAUCUUUGUUAAUCAUGUUUUGCCAUUUUAAUCUGAAACAUUUGUGAAACACUGA